GUUCUGAGGUCCAAUCAGAGAGCGGAGCGGGGCCACCGGCUAUCCAAUCAGAUGAGGGGAAAUUCAAACGGCAGCGCGGUAAACCGAUUGGUCGCUGGCUGGCUGGCCACCUAUGGCAACGGCGCGGCCUGUGACUCCGGGCCGCCUUUCCAUGCCUGUCCGCUCGCUCGCUGCAGCAGGAUGAUGAGGAAGCAGCCGCUGCGGGGUGGCCGCCUGGCCGUGGUGCGGACCUACGGUAAAUACGGCACACGGAUGGUGAAGGGUUCCAAGUGGCUGAGUCCGGAAGUGGGCCCGCAGCAUCUCUUCUCCUCCUCGGAUUCCGCCAACGCCUCGCCGUCCCCGAGCACGGACACCAGCGACGAGUCCUUCGUCAUCGGCAGCAGAAGGCAACAAAACGUAUUAUGUAGUGUUUCAAGUGGCAAGUGGCUGAAAAAAAAUGUUGGAAAGCAACAAAAUACUGAAAGCCAAAAGAGGAAAAGUUAUCUCCUCCGAAAGAGAAGGGCUUUGCGUUGUAAGGAUCAUGGCUCUACUUCCACAGAAGGUGAAAGUCAAGUAAACAGUAUACUUGUGGAAGAGAAAGAAAACCAUUUUCCUCCUGUUAUCAGGUGCAAAGAACAAAUUCCAACAAUUCCACAAUCCAAAUUUGUCACUUGUCGACGGAAACUGCUGAACUAUAAAGUUACAUCAAAUCAAGUUGGAAGUACCCAGCCUCAGCUGAGAGAAAAGAGGUUCCUUGGAAGAUCAGCUCAAUCUUCAGAAUCAUCGAUUUGUCUUGAUAAUUCAAAAGUGUUCAGGAAUACCUCCAAAACUUCAUACUCUAAUCUAAAUCCCAACUUUGGAAAGAAGUUCGAUAGACCUCCACUGCAAACCAGCACACCCUCUUGUACUCAGAAAGUGAAAAUUAAGAAACCUUCAAGAUGCUUACUUUCUUUCAAUAGUGAAAAUGAGAAGGAUUGUGUGUGGAAAAGCAGUGUUGAGCCUUGCACUACAGAAAGUGCUGACCUCCCUAGUGUGGUGGAAAUCUGCUGCUCCAGGCAGAGCGAUGCAUCAUGUAAGGAGCUUGCCUCUACAGAAUUUUCAAAUCAUUCAGAGGUUGUUGGACUGUCUGGUAGGAAGUUGGAUGGUAUUUGUGAUUUUGAAACUGACUAUAAACCUGUGGCUUCAGUAGAAGAUUUUGAACAUGUAAAUCCAGUAACUUCUCAUCCAUUUCAAGUUCUGAAAGAUGAUUGGCAUCAAAUUUCACACAGUUCCUAUAAGGAAUUAUUUUCUGAUGACACUGAAGUAUCUCGGAUAUCUCCUGAGGAUAGUUUACUUCAUGAAACAAAUGAUCUGAAAGUACUCAUCAAAGACCCUUUGGCGAAGUCUGAAUUACUUAACUCUGCCUUAAGUGUUGACUCAGUAAUUAAACAGGAAGACUGUGAAUGUGAAAACAGAGCUUCCAAUUUGAACUUUCAGCCUGUAGUACAUUUAGAUUAUUUUUCAGCACAAAAUUACUUGCACAAACAUAGGUCAUUGACCACUGAACAUGGCUCUUCUAAGGAGAGUUCUUUCCAAGGUGCUGCUGGAAAGAAACAACAAAUUAUUAAUAAUCUCAAUAUAAAAUUCACACCCCAAAAACGUUUGGUAAAAUCUUCUGUUGGGCUUGCUCAAAAGCCUGUUGUGUUACUCAGUCGUCUUGAACUACAGCAGCAUUUGCCACAAAAGAGAAGUUUGAGAAAUCCACUAAAACCAAGUCCAUCUGAUGUUGCUUUUGCUGAAUAUAAACACAGUUUUCAAAUGUUAGAUAAAGAAUGCUUGUGUAAAAGUAACAGGAGCUUAAAGUCAUCUCCACCUACAGUGCAUCUAAAUUUGCAAGCAGACCAAUUAAGUGGGGAAUUAGUUGUUCAAGACAAGUCCAGUAAAGGGUCUGCAGUUGACACAAAUGCUCUUCAACAUAUAAUUGGCCGGCGAAACAACAAAACACUUCCAAAGGAAAAUGGUCGCCAGAUGAAAAUAAAGGAUCCAUCUAGCCAAAAGAAUCUUAUGAGUCGCUUUACCUCCAAUACACGGAGUGAGCAGAACACCUGCACUAAAUCAAUACUUCAAAAAAGCAUAAAUCCUAUUUCAACAUCAGUGAAAAGUCCAGAGAAAUCCACAUCUGAUGUACUUGAGCCUACAUUUCUGCAAGCAACAGAGAAAGAGAACUUGCCAUCAACAUUUAUGAACUUAUCAUCAUUUUCCACGCCCUUGGGCUCUCGUAAUUGGUCAAGAUUCAAGGCAGCUCAUUCACUUCACAAAAGAAAGAAAGUUAUUACGCCUUUGAAAUCAAACCAAAGUACUCUGGAACUUACAUGUCCUUUACAAAAAGUAAAUAGCAACAAUCAAAGUGAUUUGCUUGCACCCGGGGAUAAAUUGGCUUUGAGGGAAAUUUUAUCUGCAACACCAAUUUGCAGCAGUUUAAGAAGAUCCAAAUUGUUCAGAAGUUCAGAGGAGGAAAAAUUGUCAUCUGCAUUACUUCAGUCGGUGAUCCUAUCACAUGAAGAGAAAGUAUACAAUGAAUGUCAUCAAAAUGGACCCAUUUCUUUUAGAGAAUGCAUACCAUUAUCCAAACUCAGGAAGUGUGAAAAAAUUGGAGAGGGAGUCUUUGGAGAAGUAUAUCAGACAAUAAAUGAUGAUAGAAAUGACGUGGUCUUCAAGAUAAUCCCUAUUGAGGGAGAGAAAUAUGUGAAUGGUGAACCACAGAAGAAGUUUGAAGAGAUUCUUCCUGAAAUAAUAAUUUCCAAGAAACUGAGUCAACUGAGUGAAGGAAGUGAAAAUUCCACUGAUGGAUUUAUUUCUCUAUAUUCUGUACAUUGUGUCAAAGAUUCUUACCCUCCAGAGCUACUUAAAGCUUGGGACAAGUAUAAUCGGAUCAAGACUUCUGAAAAUGAUCGUCCAGAUGAAUUACAGAAUGAGCAACUUUACAUCAUUUUUGAAUUUGAAUAUGGUGGAUGUGAUCUAGAAAGUAUGCAAGCAAAGGUACCUUCCCUUGAAGAAGCAAGAAGUAUAUUGCAUCAAGUAACGGCAUCCUUGGCUGUGGCUGAAACUUCUUUAAAUUUUGAGCACAGAGACUUGCACUGGGGUAAUGUUCUUAUCAAAAAAACUAGCAUCAAACAAGUUGAAUACAAGUUGUGUGGGAAUACUUUCAAUAUUAACACCCAUGGAUAUGUAGCUCAUAUUAUUGAUUAUACCCUAUCAAGAAUGGGAGAAGAUGUCGUGCACUUCUGUGAUCUUUCCUCUGAGGAUAGUUUCUUCCAUGGUCAAGGAGAUUACCAGUUUGAGAUAUACAGAAAAAUGAAGGAGGAAAACCUUAACAAUUGGGCAGACUACAAGCCACAUACAAAUGUUUUAUGGUUGCAUUACCUGGCAGAUAAAAUGUUGAACAUGCGUUACAAGAAAAGAGCCACCAAAGCUCUCAAAAUGCUCCGAGAAAUGUUUGAAGAAUUCAUGAGGGAUUUACUGGAGUAUCCAAGUGCUGUAGAUGUACUUCUGUCGAGCCAACUGUUUCAACAAAACUAAAAUAUUUUGCCUUUAAAUGCAGCAAUGUAAAUAAACUUGCAUAACUUUAAUAAUAAAGCUUUUAAGAAUAUUGUAAAAUAUCAUGUACUGUAUUGUCCAAAUAAAGUUCCAUUGUAAAGUAAAAACAGAAAAUGCUGUUGACACUCUUGUUAGGUAAUAUCUGUAGAGAAAGGACUGAUGUUUCCAGUUAAUGAUCUCUCAUUAAUACUGGAUUCUGAGAAAAAUGAUCAUCUGAAUUGUUAACUCUCUCACUCGCUCUCUCUCGCACUCACUCUCUCGCGCUCUGUAUAUACAAAUGACUUGAAUGUCUCCAGCAUCUUCUGUUUUUAUUUCUGAUUUUGUCCAAAAUUUUUUGUUCUCAUGUUCAUGUAAAAAAAUUAAUUGCUGUCAUGCAGUCACAGAUUAAAUCUGAACUUUAAGUCUUGUAUUGCCAAAGUGAAAUUACAUUCUAAAUCAUUGCUUGGUCAAUAACAAAUGAAAUAUAACCUUUCAUCACUAGGUUUGGAGAUGACAUUUAAAUAUUUUGUUUUCUAUAUGCACAAAGAAGCCAAGCACAGUUUAUAACACCACAAAAAUCAUCAGCAUGUCAACAGAAUGUGAAAGAAAACAUCUUCCUUCUGUGUUUUAGCUUGACAGUUGCUUCUUUCAACUAAUUGCUCUUUAUGGGUUCUUGUGGCUGUUCCAUUUCAUAAAAUUAAAGAAAAUUUAAGACAAGUGGCUGCUAUUCAGCCCAUUGUGUCUAAAGAG